ACCCGGCAGAGGCGUCGCCCAGCGGAGGGCGCGCACUAGCUCCCCUUUCCAGAUCGACUGGUGGGGACAUCGGCUGAGCGUGCGAGUAAACCUUUGCUUUUCCGAGUCCCUCUUUUCCAGCCUCCGUGCUGUGGUCGGCAUGGCCCGUGGAAAUCAACGAGAACUUGCCCGCCAGAAAAACAUGAAGAAAUCCCAGGAAAGUAGCAAGGGAAAAAGAAAAGAGGAUAGCUUGACUACCUCUCAGAGAAAACAGAGGGACUCUGAGAUCAUGCAACAAAAGCAGAAAGCAUCUAAUGAAAAGAAGUCUAUGCAGACAAGAGAAAAAUGAUGACUGACAAUUUGGAAAACCUGGGUGCUACUGCCAACUAGGUGUAUCAUAAGCUCUAUGAUCAAGAUUUUGUAGAGUAAACAGUCAUUACAUAUGUUAAAACAUAUCCUUAUAAAACAUAUUUUAAACUUUACCUUUCAGUCUAACUUAGUGUGAUGUUUCUGAACUAUUCUUCAAAGAAUAAAACACUAACCAUGCAUGUGACAUAUUGGUGAACAUUAUUUUUUUAUCAGCAGUGAGCAAUAUAUAACUAGAGAGGUAAUGUGAUCAGAUAAUAGGAUCUCUUAUAUAAAUCUAGGAUCUUUGUC